AUGUACAUAAUUAAAUGUUUUUCAGUGAAUUGCGAGCAAAGAGGUAUAAAUCCCGAUUUCGUGCUCGACAACGAAGAGCUGGAAGGGGUUUCUCGAGACGCAGGCCCACCAGCAGAAAGCAGUUCUGAUGCGGAUCCAUCUACGAAUGAUGAUGUGCCAAGUUGUGCUCCUAAGCGAAGGAAAGUAGGAUCCAAUGAGCGCACGUACGAAAAAAUUGAGGAAAUGGCAAAGGAAAGAAAGGAGUACCAUUCCAAGAUUUUGGAGCUGUUGGAGAGAAAAGAAGAGAGAGCACAACGGAAAGAGGAGAUGGCACAGAGGAAGGAAGAGAUGGCACGAAAGAAGUUGGAGUUGCUAGAGGCUCUCGUCAAGCAAAAUAAGCAUUAAUACUCAACCUAUU